AUGGUUAUGGCGGAGGAAGAAGAGAACGCAGUGUCGAUUCGACCCGAAUUCCCAAAUGGUCGAGUGAAGAAGAUAAUGAGGCUGGACAAGGACGUGGAGAGGGUGAGUUCAGAAGCGUUGUUCCUGGUGUCGAGCUCCACGGAGCUGUUCCUACAAUUUCUGGCUGAAAAGUCAGCGCGUGUUGCCAUUGAGAAGAAACGCAAGACCGUGAAGCUCGAGCAUAUAAGAAUCGCUGUGAAGAGGCACCAGCCAACCAGUGAUUUUCUCCUCGAUUCGCUUCCGCUACCUUCUCAGCCCGCUAAAUCCGAUAAGCCUGAUAUGGAUCGGGCCAAACCCGAUAAGCCCGCUCCGGCUGGUACUCGCCGCAUCGAUAAUUUCUUCCGAAAGCCAGAAGCUGAAGCCCAAGCGCCGGUGCCCGUAGAUGAGUCUUAG